AUGAGUUCCGAGCCUCAAAAACAGGUUCGAGACGUCCACUUUGGUAGUCCUAAGCAAAUAGUAUUUGAUAAUGAUGGAAUGAAUAUAUAUUCGCUUGGAUCUAGCGAUGGCUCGAUUUUUAAGAUGAUUAAAGACGAGUUUUCAUCAGAUCCAAUGCAAAUACUCGAGUCACAAGUUAAAGAUCAAAUAACAGCAAUGCUUUUUAUGACAGAUGAAAACAAUUUAUUAAUCGCAGUGAAAAAUAAAUUAAAAUUAGCGAAAAACUUACCAACAAUAAGUGGUGUUUCCGAUAUUUAUACAGAAGAUGAUGCGGAUAUUAUAGGUAUUGUUCAAGAUCCACAAACAGGACACAUAUUCGUUAAUACUGAGACAAGAAUUACAGUCUUACAAAAGAGUGGCAAGAAGAUUCUUACACUAUGUGAUGGCCUCGAUCCUAUUUCAUGGGUAGGAAUAGGCCCUGUCUGUCAUUCUAUUGCUGUAGCAACAUCAUCAGGUUUAUUUGUAUAUUCUGGUGAAAAUUCAACAGAACCACAGAUCAAAAGAUUAGAAAAAGAUACUCCUCAACCUGUUUUUUCGCCGUCAUCCGAAUUAUUAAUCGCAAAUCCACUUCGCAGCGGUGUUGUCAAUAUCUACAACCUUACGGAACAAACAGAAUCUGCAGUUAUUAUUACAAAACACUCUACACCAAUAUCUCAUAUCACAAUUUCUAAAUCUUCUUCAAUAAUUUCUGCAGAUCGCGAAGGAAACAUUUACAUAUCAAAAUACGAUAAAAAAGUACUUAAAUUCGGAGCAAUAUCUCCUCCUCCGCAGCCAAUUGCUGUUGAUGUCGUUUUGAAUUACGGAUCAUUUGCAAUUACAUGUUUAUCUGCCAGUGGCGGCUCAGUUAUAUGUGGCGAAGAAGAUGGAAAAGAGAUAUUAUGGCAUAAUGUCAUUCCCGGUGAAUUUUCCAAGCCAAAACAAAUUAUAUCAGAAUCUUCCAAGAAAUCUGCACCGAAACAGAAGAAUACUGUUCAAAAGAAGGUCGAUAUCAUGGAAGCCCUCAAGAAACCAAUUGAUCCCUCCAAAUUGGCCAAGAAACAAAAAGAAGAUUUCUCAUUAUCCGAAAGUGAUGACGAAGAAAGGCCAAAAAAGGCACGUCCUCCUCCUCCCAAGCCCAAACCAAAGCCCAAGAAGCAAUCGAAACCAAAGAAAAAGAAUGAUGACGAAUACAGCGAAGAUUUCGAAGAAGAAGAAGGUUUGGAACCAUUAAUUAACGAUAAAAGUGAUAAUUUAGAAGAAGAAGAGAAAAACGAAGAUGUUCCAAAUGUAGAAGAUAACGGACCAGUUAUUACAGCUGCUGAUUUCCUUGAAGAAGAGAGCGAAACGUCAAGUGGUCACGAACUAGAUGAAGUUGAUGAAAACGGAAACAUCAUUGAAAAGCCUGACAAAAUUGAAGAAGAAUUAGAUGAUUUCGAAGACAACAAAAACGAGGACGAAGUCAGUGAUUCAACAGACACAUCAUCAGGUGAUGAACUCGAGAACAUUUUUGGUAAAACAACAUUACAAUUUAUGCCAAAUAAUUGUUCUCAUUUCAGUGCAAACAGAAGAUAUAUGUCAUGGAAUCUUUCAUCAGCUGUUUAUUUGCGUGUUCAAUCAGACAGCGCUGAAGAAUUCAUUGAUGUACAUCCAAUAGGUGAUUCCCAAUUCCAAGAGAUGCACAUGACAAAUAUCCAUAAAUUCACAAUGGCUACAUGUGAUAAAUAUGGUUUCAUGGGUGCUUCUCUUCAUACUUUGGAAUACAGACCACAUAAUCCAUGGUCACAAGAUGCGAUCACUUCACUUGAUGUUAAUAGAGAAGAAAUCAGGUUGAUAGCUAUUGGAAAAGAAUGGUUUAGUAUCGGUACUGAUUCUAAUUCUGUUACUAUCUUUAAGUCUUCCGGCUUGGAGAUGGGAACAUUCUCUUAUCCACAUCAAAUCAUUACAAUGGUCGGCCAUGAAAAUUUACUUUUAAUUGUUCAUGGAUCAGAUUUAUUGUAUGAAUUCAUCGAUGUUGAUGAGAGAAAGACAAUAGCAAGUGGUGAAAUACCUGGUGAUCAACCACUUAAAUGGAUUGGCUUCUCUGAAGAAGGUUCUCCAAUGAUUUUAGAUGGAAGUUUCGUUGUUCAUCUUAUGACAUCUGAUUUCAGUAAUUCUUGGGUUCCGAUUUCGAAUUUGUCAAAAUUGUUUGAUGACAAUAUUGGUUCAUUUUGGGUUGUAGGAGCUUCUGAAAAGAAAAUCCUUGUUUGUCCACUGAGACAUUCAAAGACUCCUCCAACAUCACGUGUUCCUCACUUGAGAGAAAUCGAUUUCACUCCUUUGACAAUCGGAAAUCAAUCAUCAAUGGCUUAUCUCCUCGCGAAGAUUGAUUCUCACACUCCCCAAGUUGACAGAGAAAUGAAUGCUGACAAGGAAUUGAUGAAAAUGCUGGCGGAAUCAUUGAAAGAAGGAAAAGAAGAAAUGGCUUAUGAUUUAAUCAACGGAAUGGUAACAACGAAAGCAAGGAAUAUCGCUAUAGCAUAUGCAGAUCAACUUGGAAAAACAGAAUUAGUUGAUAGAUUAACAGGAGAAUCAUCAAUUAAAGUUCCUAAGAAGAAAUCAAAGAAACAAAGAGAGGAAGAUAAAGAAACGAAAGAACAUAUGAGAAAAUUCAUCGAAGCAUCAUUGGAUAAAGAAAAGGUUUAUGUUAGAAAAGAUUCUAGGAUUGUUAAAAACUCUGUUGAAGUACAACAACCUUCUUCUUUCACUCAACAAUUGGCAUCAAUCAAAUCAACAACAUCCUCAAGGAAAUCAUUAAAGAAUUUCUUGAAUCCUCCACCAGCUAAAGGUCCUGUGAAGAAGAAAACAAACACAGCCCCUAGAAAGAAAAAAGAUACAAAAGUGGAAGAUGUCAAAAAAUUGGUUGAAGAAAACUAA